AUGCCGAGCGAGUCAGAGUAUGAGCAGGUUGAGGCCAGGCUGGUGCUUAACUGCCGUGCGAGCACAGGGCACAGCGAGGCCCCGGGGCUGCGCUGGGAGGGAUUUGUGCAGCUCGCACCUAAACCGCGCAUCACGUGGCGGCCCUUCCGCGCUCGCAGCCCGGCAGCGCGUCCUGCGGAGCGCGGGCACUGCGCUGCCCGGAGCCCCUCGGCCCGCCUGCCCAUGGCCCUGCGGCGGCUCCUGCAGCCCGGGCCCGGCCCCGGCCCCGCGGGCGGGGAGCAGGCGCUGCCCGCGGACGGCCGGAGGAUGCAGCACCUGGCCAGCACGGUGGGCACGCUGCCCCGCGGGCGCAGGCAGCUCGCCUUGGCCAGAUCCAGCUCCUUGGAGGACUUCUCAAAGCCACAGAGGCACCUCGUUGCUAUAUUGAAAGAAGAUAAAGAGACAUUUGGGUUUGAAAUCCAGACUAUUAGGUUUCCACACCACAAUGAUUUCUCCCUGGAGGUGUGCACUUGUGUCUGCAGAAUCCAAGAGGAAAGCCCUGCCCACCUCUCCGGCCUUCAGACAGGCGACAUCCUCAGCAGCAUCAACGGCGUGAGCAUCGAGGGCUUCGGCCACAAGCAGAUAGUGGACUUGAUCAAGUCUUCAGGGAACUAUUUGAGGCUAGAGACCGUCAACGGGGCCUUGCUCCUGAGGAAAAUGGAGCUGGAGACCAGACUGCAGGCUCUCAAGCAGGCGCUGCACCAGCGGUGGGGGGAGCUGCGGGCGCUGCUGGCCCGGGAGCGGCUCCUGCUGCACGGGGAGCUGAACGACAACGCUCUGCCGGGCGCGCUGGAGCCGGGAGAGCCCAGCCCGGGGGAUGGCUGCGGCUCCCCGGGACCCUUCUGGCCGGGCAAGCCGCGCUUCUCCAGCGAGAGCAGCUCCCGCAGCCGCCUGAGCUCCAUGACGCUGGGCAGCGAGGACAGCUUCUACCAGGGCAGCGCCUUCGAGGACUGGGCCGCAGAGAGCCUGAGCCGGCAGUCCAGCCUGGAGGACGACUGCGUGUUCCCCAGGGCCGGGGCCGGGGCCCGGAGCCCGCUGCGCAGGCACCGCAGCAUCAGCCUGGCCAGCAGCGGCUCCGGCGGCUUCGGCACCCUCCCGCGCAAGAGCCGCGGCGCCAGUGUGCGGAAGCAUCUUCUGAAAUUCAUUCCGGGCUUUCACCGGGCCGUAGAAGAGGAGGAAAGCCGGGUCUGAUGUCGCACGUGUCACCCUCGUGCCUGGGCUGUGGCCUGAGGCGGUGGCACCGCAGGGCACUCCCCUGGACAACAGUUCUGAUGAGAGUCACACGGCUCUGGGGUUGUAAUUAUUUUAAUUUUUAAUCAGAGCAAGCUGUGGACCUCUUCAUUAACGUGAAAAAUGAGCGACUCCAAAAUGUGAAGAACCUUUGGAGAACUUCCUCAGCGAACUUCACUGUUAAUAACAGUUUUUAAUUGAAUGCGAAAUUGAUAGCUAUUUAUUUCCUGUUACCAGAGUCAGUGUCUUCCAAAGGUCUUUAAUAAAACGAGUGCUUCUACUGAAA